AUGCAAAAAAAGUGCUGUCUUGUGGUGCUCGAUGGAUGGGGGUGCAAUGAGACAAAGAAUGAAGAAAUAGUCGAUGGUAUCUCAGCAGCUGGAGCGCUCUUCAUCGAUGGUCUUAUAAAGAGAUAUAGUAGCUACCUGCUGUACGCGCAUGGCACGCACGUAGGGCUCUCUUCUGAUGAGCUGAUGGGAAACUCUGAGGUGGGGCAUUUGACAAUAGGAGCAGGGCGCGUUGUUCUGCAGGACAGCGUGAGAAUAAGGAAAACCCUGGAAAGCGGAGCAGAAGAGAUUGCCCACAGAUUAUUUAGGCAGCACAGGAAGUCUGUGCACAUUCUCGGGAUACUCUCUGAUGGAGGAAUACACGGGCACUGGCAUGACAUUCGAGACAUGGCUGUGAUGGCAUCGAAGAGCACAGAUAGAGUGUACAUUCACACGAUUUCCGAUGGAAGGGACACAAGACCCAGCGAGUAUCUGAAGUACUUUGAUGCUCUGGUGAGUGAUCUUCCUGAGAAUGUGUGGGUGGCAUCAGUGGCAGGCCGCUUUUAUUCAAUGGACAGAGACAAAAGAGAAGAAAGAACGGAAGAAGCAUACAACGAAAUAGUGUGCAGUGAAGAGAGGAGGAGCACAGAUGCCUCGCUAGAUAAAGAAGAGUGCAACAGUCGCAUAAGAGAGCACAUAGAUAAGUCGUACAGGGAGGGAAUAACAGACGAGUUUAUACGCCCGUUCUGCAUUACUGGCAGAAUAUGCAAGAAUGACACAGUUAUUAUAACGAACUUCAGAGUGGACAGAAUAAAGCAGAUACACGCCAAGCUUAAAGGCCAUGCUGAGGUGUACUCAAUGACAAGAGUGUGCAAUGAACAGGAAAACAGCCGCGUGCUAUUUGUGCGGCCAGAGAUAGAGAAUACUCUUGGCGAUGUGAUAGAGGAGAGCGGGCUAUCACAGGUACGAAUUGCAGAGACAGAGAAGCAGGCGCACGUGACAUUCUUCUUUGAUGGAGGAAAAGACAGAACGCGAGAAAAAGAAAGCAGAAUAAUCCACCCGAGCAAAAAAGUAGAAACACACGACCUAGCGCCAGAAAUGCAGGCUGAGAGAAUUGCAGAGUCAGUGUGCGAAGAGAUGAAAGAGGGCACUGACUUUAUCCUGGCUAACUUUGCCAACUGCGACAUGGUGGGGCACACGGGCUCUCUUGAUGCCACAGUAAAAGCCGUUAGAGAGGUAGAUAAACAGAUAGAGAAAAUAUUCAAAACUGCAAAAGAGUGUAGGUACAGUCUGGUGAUCACAGCAGACCAUGGGAACGCAGAAAUAAUGGCAGAUGGAAAGGGAGUAGUGAAAUCGCACAGUACAAACAGAGUGCCUGCAGUAGUUAUCGCCGAGGAAGCCGUUGGGUCUGAGAAAGGAGAUUCAGGUACGGCAGCGCACACUCCAAAUGAAGAGGGCACACUGGCUAGCAUAGCACCAACUGUCCUGGAGCUGCUCGGUCUUCCAGUGCCCGGUGAAAUGACUGGUGUGUCUUUAGUGAAAAACAGAGCAAAUGAAAAAUAG